UGGAAGAAUCGAGAAUGGCAUACAAGUACAAGUGAAGCAUCUUAAUGUAGUUUAUCGUUAUUCCUUCAUUCCUGAUUAUCAAACAUGCAAUUUCUUUUCAGUCCUUCAUUAGCAUAAAUUGGAUGUUAUUAUUUAAUCGCAGAUAUGGGGUACCAAAUUAGACCCUUACAUAUAUCAAGUGAGGCGCCAGAAGUCGUCUAUGAGGAACAAUCCCCAUACUUAACUUCACCGGAUAAAUAUUUCGUUCGUUCUUACUCCGGGAGAAGGGCAUCAAAUCAUCUAAUAUCGCCAUUAAAUAAACCAUACGAUAAUAUUCCACUUCAGGAAUUUCCACCUCCAAGAAGAGCAUAUGAUCUUGCACCUUAUAGACCUCCGCCAAAGCAAAAGAAUAAAUUCGGGCUGGUACCAUUUGUUUUGAUAGCUGUGGUUUCCUUCUUCAUAGGAGGAGGAAUUGGCGGGGGUAUUGGAGGUUUGAUUGGGAAGCAUAAUAGUUCGAGGUAACUUUUCAAUGCCUGCCGAACAUUUGGGUGUAACUGAUCACAAGUGUUUCCAGCAAGACCUCUAAACCCGAAUCUACGGGUACAUCUUCAGGAUGCGCACCGAAAGUAACGCAAAUUGUGGAUUCGGCCGGUUGUCCCAACGUUAACAAUACCACUUAUACAACACCUGCACCGAGUAUAGAAUUUCGUAUAGCUUGUGCUAUCGACUUGACCUCUUCGCCAGGGGAAUACAUCGAAUUAGCCAACGUUACUACCUCAACUCUAUACAGUUGUCUGGAAUCAUGCGCACGAUAUAAUAAUGGACAAUGUUUGGCAGCUACUUGGAUACAAUUUUCUCCGGUGCAUCCGGAGAUGAACUCGAAAUGUUUCUUUAAAGCAAAUUCUGGGGUUCGCAUGCCUUUGAACUCUAGCGGAACAGUAGCGACGAGUGGGUUUCGAAUAUCUUGAUUUGGAGUCCAAUGAUAAGCUUCUGGUUCCCGCAUUUUUUUCAGUACAGGGCUUGAUACCAAGAAGUAUAUGGCGUCAGUCAUGGUUUCUCUUCUGAUGUCUAUAAUCUUUUUAUGGGCAUGGCGUUCAUAAGACAGGGUAUUUAUUUUACACAAUCUUCAAAGCUAUAUUACAGCGGGGUAACUUGGGAGGAGGGUACGAAAGUGUCCAUUUGCUCACGAGAUACGAAGACAUGAUGUUGAAGUUUCGCAUUGUUUGCGGGCAGUUUAAUUGUUAAUAUGUAUAUUUUAAUGUUCUGAAUGAGGUUGUUGGUGUUUUGAGACAACAUUCAUGAUCAAAGGGAGAAAUAGCAUGCAUUGUUAAUUAGAUCAAGAUGAUUCCAUCAAUUCAAGACAUGCGGUUUGUUUUACCUACGUCAAUUGAUCUUUCUUGGUCUCCUAAGAAGGCUUUCUC